UGUUGUAAAUUGUAAUCUCAGGUUGUAAUCGGUCAAUCGUUGUUGUAAAGAGUAAAGCAUAACACGAUAAUUAUCACAUUUCAAUUUUUUCCUUAUGCGUCUGAACAUCAUACGUUCUGGCGUCAAAAUUAUCCGUUAGUUUAUAGAGUUAUUUAUGAAAGAACAUUAGUUUUAAGUAAACUACGUCAGUCGUUAUCAGUGUUCGUAGCACACGCGUCUUCCAAAUAAGUGUUAAUUUUUAUAUCAUAUUUUAAAAUGGUUGAGGCUAGUAAACUUUGGUUCGAAGCUGCGUGCAGUACUUGUAAGUGCCAUGAACUUAUACAUCCGUGGACGUACCGAUGUUCAGAUGCUACGAGAACUAUGUUGAUAAGUUGUAUAAAAGGGAGCUACAAAUUCUAUGCCAUGGUCUAUCUUAUACAAAUAUUAAUGAGAGGCAAAAAACUAGGUAAGAAAGAAAUGCUAGAACAAUUCAAGCUAUAUUUAAAAUCUGGAGUAUUUGGGCUGACAGUUGGCAGUUCCUUUGUCACAUUGAACUGCAUAUUCAGAAAGCUGUUUUUCAGUGAGUUUUCAUAUUAUAACACAGUGCUGUUACCAUGCACAGUCAGUGGACUAGCAGUAUACUGCGAGCCACCAUACAGGAGAGUUAUGGUGCUCAAUCUAUUUGUUAAUUUGGUGUUCGAGUACUGGGUACGGACACUAGAAAUGAAAGGCUGGUUGCGACGGUCUCCAGGCAAAGAGACGUUAGUCUUCAUGCUUGGUAGUGCCCUCUUCUUCUAUCUCAUGCGGUUGGACAGAGACAAUAAUAAACGGACGCCUUUGUUCUGGUUCUUUACACCUCCACGUGUAUCAAAAGAAGUUGGUGAACCAAUGACAGGCAUCCACGGCAGGAGUCCGGCGUGCCCACACAAAGAGCCGUGCAUCAAUUAUAUUUUAAAGGGCACUGCGCAACUGUUCGGCGUUGGAUGCGCAAUGACAAUGUUGAGGACGCUUAUCCCCAAAAUGUUGACACCAGUGAAAGCAUUCAAAUCAUUGAAGAUGUCACAUAUGAAGCUUGGACUGUUUUUCGGAGGAUACAUCGGUAUUUAUAGGCUAGUAGUGUGCUUACUAUGUCGGGCGCACGGGAAGGACAGCGCGAUGUACGCGAUACCGGCUGGCUUCCUAUCAGGGCUCGCCUUCAGAGCAUCUCCGUCCUUACCCAUCUCCUUAGCGCCUGUCACUUCUUCCUUACAGAUUCUAGGUUCAUGGGGUUACCAGAAAGGCAUGAUUCCUGAAAACUGGCCGCUCGUUGAGAUUUUAUACUGUCUCUGCCAAGGUCUACUGUUCCACGCUCGAGUGAUGCAUGAAGAUGUCUGUCCAAGAUACAUCAUCAACUUGAUGCAUACCGUUACUAGUUCCAAAGCGGACGAAAUCCAGUCAGCAUUCAUAAAGAAAAUGUUAAAGUACGCAUCAGGUUAGAUAGAAUUUUAGACAAAUUUAUUUGUGUAUUAAUUUAUGAGACGUUUUAUGAGAUGGGAAUACUUGACGAAAAGUUAAACCUAUUUAACAAUAGUUAAAGUAUAGACAUUGGAAGUACACAUACAUAUAAGUGUUAUGACAAAUAGCCACCUGUGAUAGCGUAUAUGGGUAACUUGCGCAACUUAAGUGUUGAUGCGCAAACUUGCGCAAAGACAAACUGCAAAAUACUCGUAUGAAUGUAGAUAUUUAAUAGUAAAAGCACGAAUGUUGUUGUUAUGUGACUUCAAAAACCUUGAUAUACUAGGAAUAAAGUUCAUUAUCCCUUUCGUCCAGUAUUCCUGUCUACAUUUUAUUUAGGUGCAAGUCUGUGAUUUAUGUUAAAGCGGAUGUUUUGCGGUACAGGGUUUUAUUUUAAAUGGGUAUCAUUAAAGGGUUGGUGUUUACGUUAAAUAUUCCAGUACUUUAAAUUAUUGACGCAAAACGAAGAGGCAAAGAAUAAUCUAAAAAUAAACAGUAUUAUGAAUUCAAUGCCUACCUCAUUUACUGCUCGAAUUUCAUCUUUAAUACAAUAAGCUUUAGAUUGAUAUUGGUGUUUCAAAUGGGAUUUAGUUAUGACAGUUAAAAUAUUAAUAGACUACAUAAUGUGUGCAACUUACAAAAUAUUUUGCAUAUUUAAUAUACCAACAAUAUUUAAUAUAGUAACAUACAACCCAAGUUUAGUUUGUUAUAUUGCCUCUUCAUUUUGCGAAACUACCAUUAAUUACACACGACGACAAAUAAUAAUCCAGUGUGAAUUGACAUUUUAUUACUUGGUAAUACUAGUAAACGUGAGAUCAGCUUAUGCUGGUGUGUACAAAAGAACUUGAUAUUAUUUCAAGAACAAUGUGUUCUUAGGAUGUUAUGACAUAACUGAUUUGUAAGCUGUUCUAGCUGAGGUUAUACUCUAUCCUGUUUAAUUCAGAGUGUAUCUCUGGAACUAGAAAGGCUAUGAAAAUAAAGAAAGAAGGAAAGAAAGGAGACGGGAUAAAAACUCGUGCGCAAAUGAAAUGAGUAUUUGGUGCAUUUGAAAUAUUUUAGGUAAUUACCAUUGUAAUUACGUCACAAAUGUUGAAUGUACAAUGCAAUAUACAGUUACGUGCAAAAAUUAUACUUACCUAAAAAUUUUACAUCUGAGUUCAAGUCAAAGUAAGUCAAAGUCAAGUCAAAAUUAAGUCAAAGUCAAAGUCAAAGUCAAACUCAAAGUAUUCAUUUUAUCAUGAUUCACUUAUUUAUCAUAUUAAAUGAAUACACUGAAUUUAAACCAGAAAACCUUCAUGGGUGUACAUUUUUUGCACGAUACUGUAAACUAGAUAUGUAUUUUGUAAACUAUUUGGAUGAAGUUAGCAUAUUAUUGUAAUGACUGCCUCGUUGGCCGAGUGGUCGCAAGUGCGGCAAGGGGUCUCGGGUCCGACUGGUACAUUAAUUUAA